AUGCAUGUCGAUGAAAUACUGUACCGACAACCGCUAACUGGCCACUCCGCUGCCGAACUUGACGCCUUGUUACUCGCUAAUAAGAAGUCGCUGGACGCCAUCGCUGCUCUGGGAGUACCAAUUAGCGAUUCUGAUCCAUUUUUGAUUCGCUUGACGGUACACUGUUUGCCAGAAGACCUUCGUGUGGAGUGGAUGGCCUCGCUAGGACUCUCUAACGAGUUCCCGACCUACAAGCAGCUGCACGACAUGCUGAAGGCAAAAGUACGUGCUUGGGAAAAUUCUGGCGUUGGCGCAAGAGCUCCCUCAGCUCAAUCAAAGGCAGGAACUGAAAGACCACCAGCAUCAAAAACUUACUCUAGGUCUGCCGCUACUGGCAAGACAGGAGGCGCCACCAGUAGAUCCGCUCCCCUCUCCAAGGCAUCUACGUCAAGAGAAGGGGCUAGUUACAACGCUUUCACUCCGAAAGAGAAGACGAGUGAACCAGGACUGUGUCCGAUAUGCAAGCAAAAACAUUUUGUGUUGUUUUGCCCAACCUACCAACAGGCGACGCCACAAAACCGGAAGAUGAUGGUCUAUCACUACCGGCUUUGCUACAACUGCUUGGGACGCCACCGCUUUGCUGACUGCAAGACUAAGGACAGAUGUCAACACUGUCAGAAGCCGUAUCACACGUCCACGCACAUUGAUGAGACUUCCGCUAAAUCGGUACAGGAACCUGCUGUACCGACUCCAGCUCAUUCGCUCAAUGUAUUACUCGCUACCGCGCUUGUCAAGUUGAAUUCGCUAACAGGAAGUACAUGUACUGCCCGUGUACUUAUUGAUCGAGGAUCGGAGUUAUCCUUUGUGACGCAUUCGCUAAUUAAGAAGUUGGAUAUACCGCUAAACAAGGCAGCUAUACCAUUACGAGGGAUUGGUAAUGUGUCAGCUGGACACUCACUUGGAUCAUGCCAGGUGUCGCUGCAUUCGCUACAUAGUUCCGCUUCUAUUACUAUCCAAGCUCAUGUGCUUGCUCUAUUGACGGUGAACUUGCCGUCAUUCACGCUAACCAACAAGAAAUGGCCGCAUAUAAAAGGUCUGCAACUCGCUGAUCCAGACUUCUUGACAUCUCGACCUAUUGACAUCAUUCUGGGUGCAGCACCAGCUGCACACAUAAUCAACGCUAAAAUAAGGAAGGGUAAUACCAAUGACCCAAUCGCUCAGUCAACGACGCUUGGCUGGAUCAUCUAUGGAUCUGUGGACACCGCUACAUCAAAAUUAACAGCUUAUGGUCAUCAUGUCACUGUUGAUGAUCAAUUACAAGACUUGCUGAGCAAGUUUUGGUACCAAGAAGAAUCACAGACAGAAUUCGCUAUACACUACAAUGAAGAUGAAGAAAAGUGUGAACAACACUUUGUCAAUACACACUACAGACAGACUGAUGGUCGAUAUGUCGUUCGCUUGCCGCUUAAAUCUUCUCCAAGUCAACUGGGUGACUCGCUACGAGCUGCGCAAUACGCUUUACUACGUCUUCGCAAACGUCUGGAUAAUGAUCCAAUCUACAAGAAGUUAUACUACGACUUCUUGAAAGAAUAUGAAGACUUGGGACACAUGAGACGCGUAAAAUUAAAGGAUUUACCACCAAACAGCUACAUGUUGCCCCAUCAUGGGGUUCUUAAAGAACAGAGUACUAUUACCAAGCUCAGAGUGGUAUUCAAUGGGUCAUGGAAAACAACAUCAGGCGUAUCAAUCAACGAGAUACUUCAUGUUGGCCCCAAGAUACAAGUUGACAUCAGUGAUGUACUGAUUCGAAUUUGCUGUCACCGUUAUCUAUUCGCUACUGACGUAACUAAGAUGUUUCGUCAGAUUGCAGUUGACAAGGAAGAUCAUCAUCUACAGUGCAUACUCUGGUUUGACGAAGAGGACCUACCAACAGUAUUUGCACUCGCUACGGUUACGUAUGGAACAACAUCAGCUCCAUAUCUCGCUGGAAGAGCACUUUUACAACUCGCUGAAGAUGAAGGAAAUAAAUUUCCAAAAGCUGUUGAACCGCUGACAAACACCCGCUACGUUAAUGACAUCUAUGGAGGCGCAGAUGAACUCGCUGAGGCAAUUCAAGUUGCUCUCGACACAAAAAAUAUGUGUGCCGCAGGAUGCUUCCCGCUUGCAAAAUGGGCAACUAAUUCAACAGAAUUAUUGUCUAAAGUCGCUCCAGUGGAAACCCAAGAAGAUACACCACGAGAACUUGGGGAUACUACAGUAAAAGUGCUCAGAUUAACCUGGUAUUCUACUUAA